AUGACAGCCCUGGAGGGAAGAGGGAGGGAAAAGGGAACGGUCAUUUGGGGGCCUGGCUACUCUGACGCCGAAGCGACUGCUCGUGCUCUGGCACACACAAAGACUUUGAAGGAUGGCCAAUGCGGCUAUUUCACUUGGGUGCCCAUAAUAAAGGAAAAAUGCGGGACCAUGUCAUCCAAAAGAAAAACUCCAACCACUUGCUUUGGCGAGGCGAAAAACAUCGGCAAUUACUGUGCACAGCAGCUCCAACUUAAUGAUAACGGAUCAUCCGAUGGAUCAACCAUAUUUGUAUGGGUUGAGUGUGAUACUCGACUUCCAUUGCCGAUGGAUAAGCAGACAAGCUCAAUUUAUAAGAAACCAGGUGUCUCCAGAAAGCGGGGUGGGCAGUACGCUUAUGCCCUAGACUUGGGACGACAAACUGGUACUGCUUCUGGAUGUAAUGCUGGUCCCGGUGCACCUGGGAAAUAUUGCACAACAAUUGAGGGUUCAGCCCAAGCAGAUGAAGCAGGAAAGGGUGCGUGUGUAUCUGGUGAAGUUGGAGCCGGAGGUGCUUCUUGGUCGAAAGUUAUCGGCUGCCCGUCGCUUGCAGCUUGUUCUGGGCCCGAGCGCCGCUCUUUGGGAACCAAUGGAGCGGUGGCUACAAGCAGUCAAGAGCCAACUAAAUGUAAGGAUCAUGCAUUCGGUGAUCAUAUCGCCUAUCCAGAGGAAGGUGGUGUUUUGGCGAUUCCGGGAGAAUGGGUCGAGAAGUGGAAGCAUGUCAUCGCUGCCAUUCCUGCUACCAACGAAGCCCGAGCUGCAGAAUUCGAUAAGAUGGGCGCACUUUGA